AUGGGAAUUCAGGGACUAUUGCCUAUGCUCUCCAAGAUCUACGAGCCCAUUCAUCUUGCCGACCUAAAAGGAUUGGCUGUAGCUGUAGAUACAUAUGUAUGGCUACAUCGUGGUGCAUUUGGAUGUGCACAGGAUCUUGUGCUGGGAAAUCCUACUACAAAAUAUGUCGGAUUUGUCAUGAGGAAAGUAGAGUUGCUACGUCAACAUGGAAUUCAUCCUGUUAUGGUGUUUGAUGGAGGUCCACUGCCAAUAAAGGCUGGAACAGAAGAACAAAGGCGUAAACGACGACAUGAAACUAGAGAGAAAGCCAUCGCGCUGCUGAAGGCUGGUAAAAAGUCCGAAGCAGAGAGCUGCUUCCAGACUUGUGUUGAUGUCACCCCACGGAUGGCAUGGGAGGUCAUCAAGGAGCUGAAAAAAGCUAAUGUGGAAUACAUUGUAGCGCCAUACGAAGCAGAUGCUCAGUUGGCCUUCUUAUCGAGGACUAAACAUGUAGCAGCCAUUAUAACUGAGGAUUCUGAUCUUGUGGUGUUUGGUUGUGAAAGGGUUGUUCUCAAGCUUGAUGCUACAGGAUCUGGUAUACAGAUACGCAAUUCUCGUUUGAAUGAAGUCUUUCCGCGUUUCUGGAGCCAAGAAAAAAUUCGACACAUGUGUAUUCUUUCUGGCUGUGAUUAUAUUGAUUCUUUACCUGGAAUGGGUCUCAAGACAGCCCUCAAGAAGAUGUCCAAGUUUGAGACGGCAUACCAGUUUAUGAAAAACACCAGAAAUCUAGGUCCCGUCUUGUCGAAAAUGACGAUACCCAAGGACUAUGAAGAGUCAUUUAGGAGGGCCGACUAUACCUUCCUGUAUCAACGUGUAUUUGAUCCAGAAUCUCGUGGUCUGGUUCCUCUUAAUCCAUUCCCUGCCGAUCUGGAAGAGCAUCUAGUAGAUGCCGACUUUAUUGGCCCGAAUAUGACUGUGGAGAUAGCUAGAGCUAUUGCUGACGCUGAAGUGGAUCCGAUAUCCAGGAGAUACUUUGAAUCUGGACUUGAAAUUGUCACUCAACCUUUGGUACCUCGUAAUUCUUCAAUGAUUCGUAAACCCAGCCAUCCUGCCAAUUCUGGGAAGGAGAACAAAGAGGAGCCAGUUACAAUACUGUCUUCGCAACCAGGAGAUCGGAUAUCGGAUCCAGUUGAUUCUUCCAAGAAGAGGACACUUGUCGCCGAUCCGCUCAAUGAGAAACCACGUAAAUUGCUGAUACUAGACUCUCGACGAGUUGUACCUGCUUCGACAACCGUGAACGGCAAGGAGACAUGGAGUCGUCACUUCCCCUUCUUUGAUGUAAAUAUGCCACUGAACGGGCCAUACAUGGGUAGUGACCUUGAAGAGAAGAACUCAGCAGGAGAUCACGUAUCAUCGAACGACAAGAAGGAUGAUGCUGCUGGUGGUGGUAACGAGAGAGACAUAUUCUCACGGCCAUUCAUGUGGAGUCGAAGUGACACUGCCGGUGGUCGUGCCACUCCUGUCGCUGCACCGAUUCCAUCAUCGUCUGUACAUCCAACACCAAUACGUGUAGCCAAUGAAAUUAAGAGGCCAUUUAUAUUCAAAAAGCCUGUCUCGACACCUCCAGCAGCAUUCCCUCCUCCUUCUAAGAAGGGGGAUGUGAAACCAAUUCCGGUAAAAAGGUCAUCAGGUGCUGGACAUGCUAUUUUUCAGUCCGUUUUAGAAAAGUUUAAGAAACCGGCGACAUCGAAUGAUCCCUUCUCAAUCAACGUCUGA